AUGCACCGGAACCUCACCAACAACACCUACAACAACAUCGCCUACACCUUCGUCUACACCCUCCACGUCGGCAUCCACAGGAUCGUCCUCCACUGUUACACUUUCCACUGCAUCACCUACUACACCGACAAUGACUACAUCCUCCACAUCAGCAUCUACAGGAUCGUCUUCUACAAUUACACUUCCGACCGUGUCAACUCCAACGACACCAGGAACCUCACCAACAACACCGACAACACCUUCAUCUACACCCUCAACAUCAGCAUCUACAGGAUCGUCUUCUACUAUUACACUUCCCACUGUUUCAACUCCAACGACACCAAGAACCUCGCCAACAACACCUACAACACCUUCGUCUACACCAUCGUCUACACCCUCAACAUCCGUAUCUACAGAAUCGUCUUCUACAAUUACACUUCCAACCGUGUCGACUUCAACGACGCCCAGAACCUCACCAACAACACCGACAUUGCCUACACCAUCGUCUACACCCUCAACAUCAGUAUCUACAGGAUCGUCUUCUACUAUUACACUUCCCACUGUGUCGACUUCAACGACAACCAGAACCUCACCAACAACACCGACAACACCAACGCCUACACCAUCGUCUACACCCUCAACAUCAGUAUCUACAGGAUCGUCUUCUACAAUUACACUUCCCACUGUGUCGACUUCAACGACACCAAGAACCUCGCCAUCAACACCUACAACACCAUCGUCUACACCAUCGUCUACACCCUCAACAUCCGUAUCUACAGAAUCGUCUUCUACAAUUACACUUCCAACCGUGUCGACUUCAACGACGCCCAGAACCUCACCAACAACACCGACAUUGCCUACACCAUCGUCUACACCCUCAACAUCAGCAUCUACAGGAUCGUCUUCUACUAUUACACUUCCCACUGUGUCGACUUCAACGACAACCAGAACCUCACCAACAACACCGACAACACCAACGCCUACACCAUCGUCUACACCCUCAACAUCAGUAUCUACAGGAUCGUCUUCUACAAUUACACUUCCCACUGUGUCGACUCCAACGACACCAAGAACCUCACCAACAACACCGACAUUGCCUACACCAUCGUCUACACCCUCAACAUCAGUAUCUAUAGGAUCGUCGUCUACAAUUACACUUCCGACAGUGUCGACUCUAACAACACCCAGAACCUCGCCAAUAACACCUACAACACCAUCGUCUACACCCUCAACAUCAGCAUCUACAGGAUCGUCUUCUACUAUUACACUUCCCACUGUUUCAACUCCAACGACACCAAGAACCUCGCCAACAACACCUACAACACCAUCGCCUACACCCUCAACAUCAGUAUCUACAGGAUCGUCUUCUACUAUUACACUUCCCACUGUAUCGACUCCAACGACACCAAGAACCUCACCAACAACACCGACAUUGCCUACACCAUCGUCUACACCCUCAACAUCAGUGUCUACAGGAUCGUCUUCUACUAUUACACUUCCCACUGUGUCGACUUCAACGACAACCAGAACCUCACCAACAACACCGACAACACCAUCAAUCGUCCUCCACUGUUACACUCUCCAGUGCAUCGCCUACUACCCCUACAAUGA